CCGCUUCCGCUUCCGGUAGCAGCUGGUCACGCUGUGUCCUAGCUACUGGCCAUGGCGGGCAGCCGCCUGGAAACCGUGGGGAGCGUCUUCUCCCGGACGCGGGAUCUGAUUCGGGCUGGGGUGUUGAAGGAGAAGCCCCUCUGGUAUGACGUAUAUAACGCCUUUCCGCCGCUGAGGGAGCCGGUCUUCCGAAGGCCCCGCUUGCGUUACGGCAAAGCCAAAGCUCCCAUCCAGGACAUCUGGUACCACGAGGAUCGGAUCAGAGCGAAAUUUUAUUCAGCCUAUGGAUCGGGUCAAAAAGCUUUUGAUUUGUUCAAUCCAAACUUCAAGUCUACCUGUCAGCGGUUUGUGGAGAAAUACACUGAGCUACAGAAACUUGGAGAAACAGAUGAAGAGAAGUUAUUUGUGGAAACAGGGAAGGCUUUAUUGGCAGAAGGUGUCAUUUUAAGACGAAUAGGAGAACCAAGGACUCAACAGGAAGGUAGUCACGUUUCCCGGAAAUCUGAACACAUGAGUGUCAUACCCCAAACUGCGCUGGAAGGAAACCAGCCUCAGAAAGAAGUCCCACAGGACCAGCGUUCGGUGGCACCUGAAGAACAGUCGAAAGGCCUCUCGCCGCCCUGAAGAUUGUAUACUGUGUAUGCUGACGCCCACACUGUGCUGACUAGGUGAAUGCUGAGCUAUUUUUAAGAGCUGAACUGUGUAAAUGUUUCUUAAUCUCUAAGGCAUUGUGUUUGUCUUCUCUUAGUUCUGAUUUCUGGGUUGUCAUUAAAACUCAGUAUCAUGGUUUGAAAGAAGCAGUUAUGUGAACUUUUAUGUUAGGACAUUACUAAAUAAAGAAUUCACUAGCUGCUUAUAAAGUAAAUUUACUUUGAAAUUGUAAAUUACCCGAGGAAACCUUUAUAAAGAUCGUUUGGG